ACACCUAUCGGACGCACCUAUGACGUAACAGUAUGUCAGAUUUCCCCUUCAAGUGCGCCAAGUAUCCCCAGGGAAGGGAAGGGAUGGAUAGAAUUCUUCGGGUCCAAGCAACGGUUCUCUACGUGCACACCUAUCGUACAUUUGCUAUAUAGCAAAUGUAUGAGUAAAAAUUCUGACGGGAUACACAGAGAGAGCUUCGAAUGGCGACGAAGCCAUCAACGUGCUUUUUCGGCAACGGAUGGAGUAGUACUGUCCCCAGCUACUGUAAUAGGCACUCGAAUUUGCGCUUCUGUCCUUUGCCUUCUCACCGUUUCUAUCCAGCUUAUUGUAAGAUGCGGCAGCGUAACUUCAGUUCACAACAAAAGAGACAGGCCAAAAAAGCUACUCCCGAAAGGCUUCCAACAAAUGCUCUCCAGCAAAAUGUUGACGAGGACUCCAAAUUAGAAACCUUGUCAACAGAUAACAUAUCCAGCUUGAAGUAUGAAAAUAAGUCUAAUGAUGGCGUUGGUACCAUUGUAGCUGCUGACAAUUCAAAUGAGAAAGAUGUGGAUACUCUGACUGAUGAAAAUAAGUCUAAUGAUGGCGUUGAUACCAUUGUAGCUGCUGACAAUACAAAUGAGAAAGAUGUGGAUACUCUGACUGUGCUGCACCAGAUUAAACCUUCGUCAGUGGUUGCAGAUGGUGGAGCGGAACUCUCAAGCGUUCAUCUUCCGGAUUUGAUAGGCAUGAUAAGGAAUGCAGAGAAAAAUAUAAUCCUCCUUAACCAAGCUCGAGUUCGUGCACUUGAAGAUCUCGAAAUGAUUCUCAAUGAUAAGCAUGCUUUACAAGCACAAAUCAACAUUUUAGAGACGAGAUUAGCUGAAACUGACGCAAGAAUUAGAAUUGCGGCCCAAGAAAAGGUGCAUGUGGAACUACUGGAAGAGGAGUUGCAAAAGCUGCGAAGUGAGUUAUUUACUAGGGGUGGCACCGGUGGAAACAUGCCAGAUGCGCAUGAAGAAAACCGUCUUUCAGAUAGGACCAGUGUUCAUUCUUUUGGUGAGGAGCUUAGUUCACUGAAAAACGAAAAUAUGUCCCUUAAGGAUGAUCUAGAAGCCCUGAAAAAGGAGCUUAGUGAUGUCAAGGGAACAGAUGAACGUGUUCUAAUGCUGGAGAAAGAACGGUCAUCCUUGGAAUAUGCACUAAAAGAGUUGGAGAUUAAACUUUCUGCUUCGCAGGAAGAUGUUUCAAAACUUUCUAACUUGAAGUUUGAAUGCAAAAGUUUAUGGGAAAAGGUGGAACAAUUGCAGGCAUUGCUGGAUAAGGCAACCAAACAGGCAGAUCAAGCUAUUUCAGUCUUACAGCAAAACCAGGAGCUUAGGAAGAAGGUUGAUAGGUUGGAAGAUUCUCUUGGAGAGGCUAAUGUCUAUAAAUCAUCAUCAGAGAAAUUGCAACAAUUUAAUGAACUCAUGCAACAGAAAAUAAAACUUCUGGAAGAACGUCUUCAAAGGUCCGACGAAGAGAUACAUUCUUAUGUUCAGCUAUAUCAAGAAUCUGUGAAAGAAUUUCAGGAUACACUUACUAGUUUGAAAGAAGAAAGCAAGAGAAGGGCACUGGAUGAACCUGUAAAUGAUAUGCCUUGGGAGUUCUGGAGUCGUUUACUGCUUAUGAUUGAUGGUUGGUUUCUUGAGAAGAAAAUCUCAACUGAUGAUGCAAGGCUUUUACGAGAAAUGGUAUGGAAGAGGGAUGGUCAUAUUUGUGAUGCUUACAUGGCAUGCAAAGAAACAAAUGAGCGUGAAGCUAUAGCUACAUUUCUCAGACUGACAUCAUCACCAAAACGUGCAGGAUUGCAUGUUAUUCAUAUCGCAGCUGAGAUGGCCCCAGUUGCUAAGGUUGGUGGUUUAGGUGACGUGGUGACUGGUCUUUGUAAAGCAUUACAGAAGAGAGGACAUCUUGUUGAAAUUGUUCUUCCCAAGUAUGAUUGCAUGGAAUAUGAGCGUAUUCGUGACUUGAGGGCCCUAGAUUUAGUAAUAGAGUCCUACUUUGACGGUCGCCUUUUCAAAAAUAAAGUCUGGGUUGGUGUUGUUGAAGGCCUUCCUGUCUAUUUUAUUGAGCCUCAUCAUCCUGGUAAUUUUUUCUGGAGGGGACAACUUUAUGGGGAGCAGGAUGACUUUAAACGUUUCUCAUUCUUUAGCAGGGCAGCCCUUGAAUUGCUUCUUCAAACUGGCAAGAAGCCAGACAUAAUUCAUUGCCAUGAUUGGCAGACAUCUUUUGUUGCCCCACUUUAUUGGGAUCUGUAUGCACCAAAAGGAUUGGAUUCAGCAAGGAUAUGCUUUACGUGUCACAAUUUCGAGUAUCAAGGAAGUGCACCUGCUUCCCAAUUGGCAUCUUGCGGCCUUGAUGUUCACCAGCUAAAUAGACCAGAUAGGAUGCAGGACAACUUGUCACAUGAUAGGGUUAAUGGUGUUAAGGGAGCAAUUGUGUUCUCCAACAUAGUGACAACAGUUUCACCAACUUAUGCACAAGAGGUUCGAACUGCUGAGGGAGGACGGGGACUUCAUGUGACCCUCAAUUCCCACUCGAAAAAGUUCAUAGGAAUACUGAAUGGAAUUGAUACUGAUGCAUGGAAUCCAGCCACUGAUACUUUCCUCAAGGUCCAGUACAAUGCCAGUGAUCUCCAGGGGAAAGCAGAAAACAAAGAAGCUAUAAGAAGGCAUCUUGGACUUUCUUCUGCAGAUGUUACACGGCCAUUGGUUGGUUGCAUUACAAGAUUGGUGCCACAGAAGGGUGUGCAUCUUAUUAGACAUGCAAUAUAUCGGACAAUUGAAUUGGGCGGACAGUUUGUACUUCUUGGUUCAAGCCCAGAACCGCAUAUUCAGAGGGAAUUUGAGGAUAUUGCGAACCUUUUUAAGACUCAUGAGCAUGUCCGGUUAAUAUUGAAGUAUGAUGAGUCUCUUUCCCACUUGAUAUACGCAGCAGCUGACAUGUUCAUUAUACCAUCAAUCUUUGAGCCUUGCGGCCUUACACAGAUGAUAGCAAUGAGAUAUGGUGCGGUCCCAAUAGCACGGAAAACAGGGGGUUUAAAUGACAGUGUUUUUGAUGUUGACGACAAUACAAUUCCUACUCAGUUUAGAAAUGGAUACACAUUUCUGAAUCCCGAUGAACAGGUAAUUAUCUGGUACACAUUACCAAGUCCAUUCAUAAAUUUGAUUCUGGUAAAAUUCUUAAAAACUUUGCAGGGACUGAACGGCGCUUUGGAUCGUGCGCUUAACCACUAUAAGAACAAUAGUCAGAGUUGGCAACAGCUUGUUCAGAAGGUCAUGACAAUAGACUUGAGUUGGGACUCAUCAGCAUUACAGUAUGAGGAGCUUUAUGAGAAGUCUGUGGCCAGAGCGAGGGCAGCCUCAAGUCGCGUUUAAGCUUUGUUUUGACACUCAUUCUCGCGUCCUUCUGCCAAGACCGGUUUGUACCAGUUGUAGAUAUCUAAGUUCGCCAGCAUCCUUGCUCCUUUACAUUGGGUCAAGGGUUUAAGUCUCUCCAUUGGCAAUAUUUCCCUCCUUAGGCUUCAGCCUCCACUAUACCCAAAGAAAUUGAACGGAAAAAAAAGGAACAAAAAAUAAUAAAUACCGGUCUGCACUGUGAGCCUGUCUUGGAUAACGGAAUUGGAUGGCUUCAGGGGUGAACCAAAGUUGAAUUUGUUUUGAUCCAUUGAUAUGAUUUAGAAUGGUGAAAGAAGCAAGUACACACUUACUUUCGAAAAGCAAAAUGAUUUUUGAAGCCUGUGAAUCCUGCUAAUAGUUGAAGAUGAGUUGAGUUUGUUGUUCUUUGGAUCUUCAGUUUAAAUCCAUUGUUUCCCCCGCGAACUCAGCUACUUGUGUUUUUUUUUUGACAAGCAGCUAUUUGUUGUUCAUAUAGUAAAAUUGCAUCUGAUGUACAGUUCCUGUUUGUACAAGGUUCAAAGUAAAUUUUUAGUGCCCUUGAGAACAUCGAUAAAACGACCUGUUUGUAAACCAUGUACAACUUCUGUAUCUGUAUGUGAGAUCUGGCAUUGAGUCUUGAUUAAUGCAAAGCUGGUUUUUCGUUUUCAAA